GAAAGCGCACAGAGUAAGGUUGAUCACCAGGCCGGAAAGAAUCGCAGAGUCCAAAACCCAACUCCCCGGCAGCCUCGAAACCCUCGCUGUCGCCGUGGUCAUGGCGAGGGACUUCCCCCUGCCGCCGGUGGUCUUCAACGCGUCCACUCCCACCUUCCGCCAACGCUGCCAUAUCCCCGAGACCGUCCCCGCCCAACCACCCGCCUCUAUCGUCGACGAGAAGCCGCUCCUCGAGGAGCUCGGCAUCAACAUGCGUCUGGUCUGGCGGAAGACGCUCUCGAUCGUCCUCCACCCGCUCCGCUCCGCCGACCCUUCCAUCCACGCCGACGCCGACCUCUCCGGCCCCUUCCUCUUCAUCCUCUCCUUCGGUCUCUUCCAGCUCCUCGCCGGGAAGCUCCACUUCGGGAUCGCCCUCGGGUCGGCCACCGUCGCGUCCCUCUUCCUCUACUUUGUCUUCUCAAAGAUCUCGGCCGGACGCCAUGGCGGUCCCGGACUACGCAGGUGCGCCAGCCUCGUCGGGUACGGCAUGCUCCCCAUGGUCAUCUUCUCCGCGAUCUCGCUCUUCUUGCCGCGGGGUGGUCGGCUCAUCUUCGGGGUCGCCAUGGGGUUCGUGCUCUGGUCAACCAGGGUCUGCGCUACGCUGCUAGCAUCCACCGCCAAGGACCAUAGGGGCCUCAUUGCCUUCGCCUGCUGGCUCGUCUACAUGCUCUUCGCUCUUCUCGUUAUCUUUUGAUGCUGGUUAUAUGGUACUCAAGGUACGGUUGCAUAAAUUCCCUAGAUCAUGCUAAUUAUUGUCCACAUAAACCUUAUUUGUUAUCAGUGUAUAUCAGACUACACAAGUUUGCCAUGGACGUUCACUUCUUCUGUUUGUAAUAUAUUUGGAAAUUAUUCUUUACCGUCUUUGUUUCCACAAAUGA